AUGGCCGCGGAGAGGAGCGUUGGCGUUGGCCGGGCGAGGCCUCCCCUGGUCGCCAUGGCGCUGCUGGGCCUCCUGUUGUCGGCGGGGGCCAUCGAGUUCGGCGGCGCCCCGGGCCAGUGGGCGCGCUAUGCCCGCUGGGAGGCGGGCGCGGUGGGCGAGCUGAGCUUCAGCCUCAAGACCAACGUCAGCAAGGCGCUGGUGCUCUACCUGGACGACGGCGGCAACUGCGACUUCCUGGAGCUGCUGAUCUCCGGCGGGCACCUGCAGCUGCGAUUCGCCAUCCACUGCGCCGAGCCCGCCGCCGUCGCCAUGGAGACGCGCGUCGGCGACGACCGCUGGCACAUGGUGCUGCUCACCCGCAACUACCGCGAGACCGUGCUGAUGGUGGACGGCGAGACCAAGGUGGCCGAGGUGCGCUCCAAGCGCAAGGAGAUGGCGGUGGUCAGCGACCUGUUCGUGGGCGGCAUCCCGCCGGACGUGCGUCUCUCGGCGCUCACGUCCAGCACGGUCAAGUACGAGCCGCCGUUCCUGGGGCUGAUCUCCAACCUGAAGGUGGGCGAGACUCCCCCCGCGCUGCUCAACAGCCAGGGCAUCCAGAGCGACCUGGAGCACCUGUGCACCAAGCAGAACCCCUGUCUCAACGGAGGCUUCUGCUCCAUCCAGUUCGGAGAGGUCCACUGCGACUGCUCGCACACGCGCUUCAAGGGGAAGUACUGCAAGGAAGGUCUGGCGCACCUGACGUUAAACAACCAAGGGAGGGAAGAGUCUGUGGCCACGUUCAAAGGGAACGAGUUCUUCUGCUACGACCUGUCUCUGACGCCGAUCCAGAGCAGCACGGACGAGAUCACGCUGUCGUUCCGCACGCUGCAGCGCAACGGGCUCAUGCUGCACACGGGCAAGUCGGCCGACUACGUCAACCUGUCGCUCAAGAGCGGCGCCGUCUGGCUCGUCAUCAACCUGGGCUCCGGCGCCUUCGAGGCCCUCGUCGAGCCCGUCAACGGCAAGUUCAACGACAACACCUGGCACGACGUUAAAGUCACACGCAACCUGCGGCAGCACGCAGGCAUUGGACACGCUAUGGUGACGAUCGCGGUGGACGGCAUCCUGACCACCACGGGCUACACGCAGGAGGACUACACCAUGCUGGGCUCCGACGACUUCUUCUACAUCGGCGGCAGCCCCAACACCGCCGACCUGCCCGGCUCGCCCGUCAGCAACAACUUCAUGGGCUGCCUCAAAGACGUGGUCUAUAAGAACAACGACUUCAAGCUGGAGCUGUCCCGCCUGGCCAUCGACCGCGACCCCAAGAUCAGUCUCCAGGGCGACCUGGUGUUCCGCUGCGAGGACGUGGCAGCGCUGGACCCGGUCACGUUCGAGACGCCCGAGUCGUACAUCGCCCUGCCCAAGUGGGACACCAAGAAGACGGGCUCCAUCUCCUUUGACUUCCGCACCACGGAGCCCAGCGGCCUGCUGCUCUUCAGCCACGGAAAGAUCCAGAACCCCAAGGAGCAGCGCGUGGGCCGCGACCUCAAGGCCGACUACUUCGCCAUGGAGCUGCUGGACGGCUACCUGUUCCUGCUGAUGGACAUGGGCUCGGGCAGCAUCAAGCUCAAGGCCAGCAACAAGAAGGUCAACGACGGGGACUGGUGCCACGUGGACUUCCAGAGGGAGGGGCGCAAAGGCUCCAUCUCCGUGAACAGCCGCACGAUGCCCUUCAACUCCAACGAGGGCAGUGACUUCCUGGACCUGGACGGGGACAUGUUCCUGGGCGGGCUGCCCGAGACGCGUCAGGACAUGGUGCUGCCGCCGGAGGUGUGGACGGCGCUGCUCAACUACGGCUACGUGGGCUGCGUGCGCGACCUCUUCAUCGACGGCAAGAGCCGGGACGUGCGGCGGCUGGCGGAGAUCCAGAGCGUGCCGGGCGUGAGCAGCUUCUGCACGCGAGAGCUCCAGAAGCGGUGCAGCAGCGCCCCCUGUGCCAACGCCGGGCUCUGCAAGGAGGGCUGGAACCGCUACGUCUGCGACUGCACCGGCACCGGAUACCUCGGGCCCAACUGCGACAUCGAGGCGACGGUGCUGAGCUACGACGGCAGCAUGUACCUGAAGAUCAUCAUGCCGCGCACCAUGCACACGGAGGCGGAGGACGUGGCCCUGCGCUUCAUGUCCCAGCGCGCCUACGGCCUGCUCAUGGCCACCACCUCCAAGGAGUCCGCCGACACGCUGCGCCUCGAGCUGGACGGGGGCCGCGUCAAGCUCACCGUCAACCUAGAUUGUAUCAGGAUAGACUGUAAUCUAAGUAAGGGGCCUGAGACGGUGUACGCUGGCCAGAAGCUCAAUGAUAACGAGUGGCACAUGGUGAAGGUGACCAGGAGAGGCAAGAACCUGCAGCUCACAGUGGACAACAUCACCACGGAAGGUCAGAUGACGGGCGCGCACACGCGUCUGGAGUUCCACAACAUCGAGACGGGCAUCAUGACGGAGCGGCGCUUCAUCUCCGUGGUGCCCUCCAACUUCAUCGGGCACCUGCAGGGCCUGACGCUCAACGGCGCCCCCUACCUGGACCAGUGCAAGAACGGCGACAUCUCGCACUGCGAGCUCAACGCGCGCUUCGGCAUGCGCCACAUCAUCGCCGACCCGGUGAUCUUCCGCGGCAGAGGCAGCUACCUGGCGCUAGCCACGCUACAGGCCUACGCCUCCAUGCACCUCUUCUUCCAGUUCAAGACCACCACGGCCGACGGCCUGCUGCUAUUCAACAGCGGAGACGGCAGCGACUUCAUCGUGGUGGAGCUCGUCAAAGGGUACAUCCACUACGUGUUCAACCUGGGCAACGGGCCGUCUCUGAUGAAGGGCAACUCGGACAAGCCGCUGAACGACAACCAGUGGCACAACGUGGUGGUGUCCCGGGACAGCAACAACGUGCACACCCUCAAGAUCGACUCCCGCACCGUCACACAGCACUCCAAUGGAGCCCGCAACCUGGACCUCAAAGGAGAGCUGUACAUCGGCGGCGUGGCGAAGAACAUGUACACGGGUCUGCCCAAGCUGAUCGCGUCCCGGGACGGCUACCAGGGCUGCCUGGCCUCCGUGGACCUGAACGGGCGCCUCCCCGACCUCAUCGCAGACGCCCUCCACAGAGUGGGCCAGGUGGAACGAGGCUGCGACGGACCCAGCACCACCUGUACGGAGGACUCCUGCUCGAAUCAGGGGGUGUGUCUGCAACAGUGGGAGGGCUUUUCCUGCGACUGCACCAUGACGUCCUAUGGAGGCACAUUCUGCAGUGACCCUGGGACGACCUACAUCUUCGGCAGGGGAGGAGCCCUCAUCACGUACACCUGGCCGCCCAACGACAGGCCGAGCACGCGGGCGGACCGUCUGGCCGUGGGCUUCAGCACGCAGCUCAAGGACGCCGUGCUGGUCAGGGUGGAGAGCGCGCAGGGACUCGGAGACUACCUGGAGGUCCACAUAGAGCGGGGAAAGGUCGGCGUGAUCUUCAACGUGGGAACGGACGACAUCAGCAUCGAGGAGAGCGCGGUGGCGGUGAGCGAUGGCAAGUACCACGUGGUUCGCUUCACACGCAGCGGCGGGAACGCCACCCUACAGGUGGACAACCAGCCCGUCAUCGAGCGCUUCCCCUCAGGGAGCUUUGAUAACGAACGCCUGGCAAUUGCUAGACAAAGAAUCCCGUUUCGACUCGGUCGAGUAGUCGACGAGUGGCUACUCGAGAAAGGUCGUCAGCUGACCAUCUUCAACAGCCAGGCGUUGAUAAAGAUCGGCGGCGGUGAGAAGGGUCGUCACUUCCAGGGCCAGGUGUCGGGGCUCUACUACAACGGGCUGCAGGUGCUCAAGCUGGCUGCCGAGGGCAACGCCAACGUGCAGGUGCAGGGGAACCUGCGUCUGGUGGGCGACGUGCCCUCUGUGUUGGCAACCGACACCACGGCAACCACGCCGCUCGCCGACAUGUCCACCACCAUCAUGGAGACCACCACCACCAUGGCAACCACCACCACCCGCAAACAGCGCUCGCCAACCAUACGGGACAGUGUCACACAGAACACAGACGAUCUGUUGGUCGCCUCAGCGGAAUGUCCAAGUGAUGACGAGGACCUUGAGGAGUGUGAGCCGGGAAAUGGAGGUGAACUAGUGUUGCCCAUUAUUACAGUGGACUCGCUUGACCCCCCCUCGCUUGGCCCCCCCUCCAUGGCCACCCGCUUCCCUGUCCUCCCCCCGCCCCCAACCUACCGCCCCCUCCUCACGCUGCUCGAGACCACUCGGGAGGAGUCGCUGACCCUGCCUAACGGCGGGGCGCGACCGCCCUGCCCCCUGGACCAGGAGGACUGCGACGAGCCCGCGGAGGUGUCGGCCUACGGCUCGGGCGAGAUGACCGAGUCGGACGACGAGGACUAUAACAAAAACUCGCCCCUCGUCACCGACCGCACCCUCCUCCCCCCUCCUCCUCCUCCGGCCGUGGCGGCCGAGGGCAGCGUCCAGCUGGGCCCCCGCGACCGCCACUUCUCCCGUGCCCCCCCCUUACCCCCUAGCAACAGCAACAACAACAACCCCCCCGACUCCCCGCACCACCACCGCCCGCCCUUCUCCUCCACCCCCACCGCCAACCCCGAGCAGCUCGGCCCUCGGGUGAAGCCUGGCGGCCCGGCGGGCAAGAUGAACACCCGAGGCCAGGUGCUGCUGCCGCCCCCCGUAGCCCCCGGGUCCACGGACCCGGACCGGCCGCUGGGCGUCACACACCCACCCAACUUCCCCCGUGUUCCCACCACAGAUCCGUCCUCGCCGGACCGAGGCCCGCCCGGCGCCGUGGAGGUGAUCCGUGAGUCCAGCAGCACCACGGGCAUGGUGGUGGGCAUCGUCGCCGCGGCGGCGCUCUGCAUCCUCAUCCUGCUCUACGCCAUGUACAAGUACCGCAACCGCGACGAGGGCUCCUACCAGGUGGACCAGAGCCGCAACUACAUCAGCAACUCGGCCACCACGCAGAGCAACGGCACGCUGGUCAAGGAGAAGCAGCCGGGCGCCGCCAAGACCAGCACCAAGAACAAGAAGAACAAGGACAAGGAGUACUACGUCUGAGGGACCCGCCUCUGGAGAGAGGGGGAGGAGCGGAGAGAGAGGGAGACGC